GGCGGGGUGCGCCCCGGGGGGGGGACGGGAGAGCAGAGCCCGGCGGGGGAAGCGGGUCCGGGAGGGACAGUCCGGCGGGGUCACAGGGACACGGGACCCCGGGGCGGGGGGGGGGCGGGUUCAGCCCGGUUCGGGGAGGGCGGCGGCGGCUCCAUGGCGUCCCCGCGGGCGGCGGAGCUGCGGAGCCCGGACGAGGCGGCGGCGGCGGCGGCGGGCGGGGGCGGCCCGGCGGGUCCCGGCGCUGGCCCGGGGCUGGCGCUGGCGCUGGGCUGUGCUCUGAGCGGCGCGGCGCUGGUGGUGCUGGCGGGGGCCGUGCCGCGGGCGGCGCGUCCCGACCCGGCGGUACCGGCGCGGCAGAUGGAGCGGCUGGAGGCUCGGGCGGCUCGGCUCCGCGCCCGCCUCGACCGCUGCACCGUGGCCGGGUUGGCGUUGCUGGCCCUGGGGGGGCUGCUUCUCGCCGCCCUGUUGCUGGCCGCCGCCGCCGCCCGUCGCCGCGCCCGGGCCGCCCGCCGCACCGGCGGCACCUACGGCUCGGUGAGGCUGAGGAUGAGGAGGGUGUCGGCCGAGGGGACGCGGGCGCUGCUGGAGAGCCAGCUCAGCCCCCCGCCCCAGCCCCCCGAGGCGCCAGGCUCCUAG